AAUCUUUUCCUUUUCGCUUGCAAGAUCAAGGGAGAAAGCAAGCCGGCGCCUGGCCUCGGACUCUGAGCGCAGCGCAGCUUGCUCCCCGGCCGGUGAGCCCCGAACCCGCGAAGGGCUCCUCCACGCUCCCGCCAGCCCGCACCAGGGAUAUUGCAGCCCGGGGAGGCACCUGGAGCUAAUCGGGCGGCAGGUUUAAAUGUGUAUUUGGCUACUUGGCUACUGAUUAGAGAACACAAAAUGAAUAACUCAACAAACUCCUCUAACAAUGGCCUGGCUCUGACCAGUCCUUAUAAGACAUUUGAAGUGGUUUUUAUUGUCCUUGUGGCUGGGUCCCUCAGUUUGGUGACCAUUAUUGGCAACAUCCUGGUCAUGGUCUCCAUUAAAGUCAACCGCCACCUCCAGACCGUCAACAAUUACUUUUUGUUCAGCUUGGCCUGUGCUGACCUCAUCAUUGGUGUUUUCUCCAUGAACUUGUACACCCUUUACACUGUGAUUGGCUACUGGCCUUUGGGACCUGUGGUGUGUGACCUUUGGCUAGCCCUGGACUAUGUGGUCAGCAAUGCCUCAGUAAUGAAUCUGCUCAUCAUCAGCUUUGACAGAUACUUCUGUGUCACAAAACCGCUCACCUAUCCCGUCAAGCGGACCACAAAGAUGGCAGGUAUGAUGAUUGCAGCUGCCUGGGUUCUCUCCUUUAUCCUCUGGGCUCCGGCCAUUCUCUUCUGGCAGUUCAUUGUAGGGGUGAGAACUGUGGAGGAUGGGGAAUGCUACAUUCAGUUUUUUUCCAAUGCUGCUGUCACCUUUGGCACUGCCAUUGCAGCUUUCUAUUUGCCUGUGAUCAUCAUGACUGUGUUAUACUGGCACAUAUCCCGAGCCAGUAAGAGCAGGAUAAAGAAGGACAAAAAGGAGCCUGUGGCCAACCAAGAUCCAGUUUCUCCAAGUCUGGUACAAGGAAGGAUAGUGAAGCCAAACAACAACAACAUGCCUGGCAGUGAUGAUGGCCUGGAGCACAACAAAAUCCAGAACGGCAAAGCUCCCAGAGAUGCUGUGACUGAAAACUGUGUCCAGGGGGAGGAAAAGGAAAGCUCCAAUGAUUCCACCUCAGUCAGUGCUGUCGCCUCUAAUAUGAGAGAUGAUGAAAUAACCCAGGAUGAAAACACAGUUUCCACUUCCCUGGGCCACUCCAAAGAUGAGAACUCAAAGCAAACAUGCAUCAAAAUUGUCACCAAGACCCAAAAAGGUGACACAUGUACCCCAACUAAUACCACCGUGGAGCUAGUUGGUUCUUCAGGUCAGAAUGGAAAUGAAAAACAGAACAUUGUUGCUCGCAAGAUUGUAAAGAUGACCAAGCAGCCUGCAAAAAAGAAGCCUCCUCCUUCCCGGGAAAAGAAAGUGACCAGGACGAUCUUGGCCAUUCUGUUGGCUUUCAUCAUCACUUGGGCCCCAUACAAUGUCAUGGUGCUCAUUAACACCUUCUGUGCACCCUGCAUCCCCAACACAGUGUGGACAAUUGGUUAUUGGCUCUGUUACAUCAACAGCACUAUCAACCCUGCCUGCUAUGCACUUUGUAAUGCCACCUUCAAGAAGACCUUUAAACACCUUCUCAUGUGUCAUUAUAAGAACAUAGGCGCCACAAGGUAAAACAUCUUUGUAAAGAAAGAAGGUAGUCAAGGGAGCUUGGCGAAAAGAAACAGAAUAAAAGAGCUCCUAGUUUUCAAAUCUCUGCCAUUGCACUUUAUAGUCUUAUCAUGGAAUGUGCAAUUAAGGAGCCCAACAGUGACACUCUUAUGGUGCCUAUGCUCCAGUUUGAAACUUGCACCUUAUAAACCCUGUCAGUUUAGGAGCAAGGAGACUAUUAAGGAGACAUGUUGGAACUGUGGAUUUAAGAAAUGAUCUAUGCUUUCUCAUACUCUCUUGAAGAAGGGCUUCUGAAUCUAUAAUUUUAUCUCUGCACAAAAAGAAUAAUAACCUCACUCCUUUUUUUCAUUUUUUUGUUCCCAAGUGUCCAUAUGAGGAUUAAAUGCCACAGUUACAAACUAACCUGGAGAGUUAAACAUAAAGAAAGCCAUUAUACAAUGGCGAAGUGAACAAAGAAGAUCAAAAAAGGAUGUAGAAAUGGCCUCUGGAGCGUUUAACAUAUAUUAUUCUCUUGUUUUGGUUUUAUGUGGAGAAUUGCAACAUAAUAAAUGCUUAUCUUUUUUUGCCUUUCCCUUUCCCACCAUCAAAAGAGAACAAACAAACAAAAACAAACAACAAACUUAAUUACAUCGUUAUUUUUCUCAUAUGGCAUUGGUUUUUAUACUUCCCUGUUUUACAUUGUGUAAGGGCAAAAUCUGCAGGACUUUCACUAAAUACAGAGACAGCCAUGAAAAAGGGUAUUUCACCCCU